AUGUUAGACAAUACACCUUGUCUUCCUGAUAUAGAACAAGCACUCAAUCGUUAUUUUCCUAAAAUAAAGAAUGAACUUUCAUUCUUAUUAACAUAUCAUCCAAUAAUUGAUUGUGAACAUGGUCGGUAUUUAUUAAUCAAUAAUGCACCUAUUUCUUAUCCUUCUGAUGGUACUGGAUCGAAAUUAUUCUGGUAUUUAGGUAUUCUUAAUGUAGCACAUAGGUUGAAUUUAACACUCGUAUAUUCCGAUUGGACUGCAGCACAUGAUAAAGAUGAAACAAAUACCGAUAGAGAAAAAUAUUGGCAAUUUUUCCAUUGGCAUAUUCCUUUAUCAGCUUAUCGUCAGUGUCCAGACAACUCAUCUAUUAAACGGUAUAUAUUUAAAUAUAAUUUUCUAAAAAAUCAAACAUUGCAUGAAUAUCAUCAUGGUAAACAACCAUUUACAAUCAAAUCUCAUCUUCAAACAGAAUUCGAUGAUUUCAUAGCUAAUCUUCCAGAAGAAAAUACCGGCUUUACAUUUUAUUCUAGUCGAACCUUUACUAUAACAUCAUCACUAAUGGAAAUAGGUAUCGUUUUUGAAAUUCGUUGGUGGCUACAACAUAGAAAAUUAUACAAUGCACAUCAUGGUGUUUGGUCAGGUGUUCAUGUUUUGUCUAAUUACCAACCAACUGAUUAUUUUCAAUAUAUAACAUCAAAUAUGGUUCAAACAAACAAGGAUAUGAUUGCUUCCAAAUCAAAUGAAAAUAGUAGAGACAGUUUUCUUCGACCAAUUCAAUGUCCUUCAAUUAAUGUGCAUGAUGUUUUAUUGAUCGGAGUACAUAUACGUCGUGGCGAUAUUAUAAAACGAGAUAAUCAAGGUCGUAUCAUAUCGAUUAUUCUAUUUCGUUACAUUGCAAAUUCAGCUUAUGCACCAUUAUUAGUUUCUAUUAUUAAUUCAUUACCUAGUCCAUUACGCAACAAAUAUUUAAUCACAUUUUAUAGUGAAGGUGUAAUAGAUGAUUUUCAAGAAAUACUUAUUGACUUACAAAAAGCUGUACCUAAAUCACGCUGUCGUGUCUCGUUUUUCUUAAAUGGUCGAACAUCAGAAACAUUUAAUCGUUUAGUACGUGAUGAUAUUUUAGUUAGUGCAUUAAGUACAUUUAGUCUGGCUACUGGCUUAUUUAAUAGUCGACAAUUAAAAUUAGGACCAUAUCAUAAUCAAGGAAGAGCACAUGGGAUGAGAAAUUAUAUAGGAUUAGAUCUAGACACGAAUCAUACCAAAUUUAUAAUUCCAGAAGCAAAACAAAAACUAAUCAAACGACGGAUACAAUAUGUAUGGAAACAGAAACAAGCACAGAGAAAUACUCCUAUUCCAUUAUGGUUAGAUAAUUAUUCAUCGAAUUAUCCGGAACAGUUUAUGUUAAUUUAA